AUGUCCAAAGUUCAAAACACUUCCAAGCAACGCCAGCCUAAAUUACGAGCAUCCUGUGAUGGAUGUUUUCUAGCAAAAGUCAAAUGCAGCAAGGAACGGCCGAUAUGCUCUCGUUGCUUGACAACCGGCGCGGAAUGUGGUUAUAGCCCCUCAUGCCGGACAGGAAAAUCCAAAGCUGUUGUGAACUCGUCAGCCGAUCACACAUCAACAAGCAGUCCACUGGGUGAUUUGUAUGAAGAUUCCGCCAUCACUUAUACAGCUCUCAAUCACGACCCACAUAUUCCAUAUUCUGAAGACUCUGCAACAUUUGGGGUUCAUACAAGCUGGCUACCGCUUCAAAACCAAGGAAGCUCAAAGGCUCAUCGCCGGUCGAUAUCAUCAACAGUGCCUUCCAUGGUACGCGAUUCAAGCACAACGCCAGAGUCAGUAAGUGGGGGAUCAGGCACAGAAACGACGUACGAAACUCCUUAUCCGUGGAACCCAAGCAUGAGACCAGGGAAUAAUUUCCAUUCAGCAAUCGCUCGAUCAAAAUCGGCCGCUGAUAUCCCAUUAUUUUCAACUCUAGAACCUUGGUUUGAAGGUCAAAACGACAUGUUGAUGUUUGGUCCGAUCUCAAACAUUGGACCCUCUUUUCAAAAGGAUCCAAAUCCAUUUACGAGCAAUGAAUUUAUGGCGAAUGCGCCAGCUACGUCUUGCAAUUGCUUCAAUAUCUCGCUUCAGGCUCUACAAGCACUCCACAAUCAUACAAUCAACACAACUCCCGCGCCCUCCUUUGAUGUCGUCUUGAGUGUGAACCGACGUGCUAUCGACAGUUGCGCUAUGAUGCUCGAUUGUUCGAAGUGCAUCAUUGGCUUCAAUUCUAACACAUCCGUCAUGCUUUUGGCAACUAUCAUCGGAAAGGUCCUCGCAUUCUACCGGGCAGCCUCGCAAAAUUAUUUCGGUUUCAAUAACGUGCCUUCUCACUCGUCGUAUCAACCUCAACCAGUGCCAUUAACUUUCGGUACCUACAAGAUUACUGAAGAGGAUGGUAGGUGGCUUGAAAUGGAGAUUCUAUUAAGGGAGUUACGAAAGUUGGAAGAAGUCUUGGGAAAAUUCGGAGAGGUUACGAGAGACAGUGGCUUAGAAGAUGGCGGAGUCAAGGGGGCCGUAUUGGGUUAUUUAAGACAGGGAUUGAGCGUCACAUUUGAGGUUCUCAAUAUGAGGAGGGGAGUGCAGCAAGGGGUUUGA